CAGCGACUUUUCGGCAUUGGUUGGAAUAAGAACCUAAAAAGUUGGGGAUAUGAAGGAGAAAAGUUUGGAAAAGAAGAAAAAGGGAUGGGGGGAUGAAGACGAUGGAAUGAAUGAAAUGCAGCAACGUGUGAAAUGUAAAAUGAAAUGAAAAUGAAAGUGAAAUGAAAGCAAGGUGGGGAGUGAUUUGAGGCUCCUGUGAACCCUCUUAUUCCAUUAGACUAAAUCCUUCUCUCAUUCUCUCUCUCCUUCCCCUUGUCUCUCUGUCUCUGUCUCUCUCUCUCAUUGCCAAGUUUAGAAAUUUAAGGAAAAGUUAUGAUAUAAUCGACGACCAUUCAGAUAGCAAUUCACCUUCUUUCUGUGUGUGUGUGUGUGUGUGUUUUUUUCUUUCUGGGUCUGUGUUAGAUUCUACAACGAAGGAGGAUAGUUUUGGCUCUGUCUUUUGGUCUGCCACUUCUAAUUUAGUGUCAAAUUUGGGUAAUAAAACUUGUGAAUCUGUUGUAUCCACCACUCACUGCCUCUCCUCUCUUAUGGCGCAGUGUCUCAACGUCCUUUCUCCGACUUACCCAUUAAUGUUGCUUUUUUUAUAACCUCUUACUUUACCCUUUCAUCUAUGCCUGACUCUCUCCUCGUACCUUCCCACCACUUUCUAGUUCUAUCUCCUCUUCGCUAAUCUCUCACUAUAUUUUGAGCUUCCAUUGUUGAUAAAAAGUGAAACAAGCUCGCUUGCUGCCAUGGUCCAUGUUUGCAUCAUCACAUGAUACUCUUCUUCUAGCCCAAGCAGGCAAAUCCUAGUUCAGAUCCCUUUUCAGGAAUUUCCAAGGAUCAAAAUUCAAAUAAAUGGCGAAGGAGUACAGUACCUCACCGAAACAUCACCAUCUCGAGUCGAGAAGGAAGCGGCUGACAUUGAUUCUCGGCAUCAGUGGGCUGUGCAUUUUAUCAUACCUCUUCGGGGCAUGGCAGGGCAGCACAACAUCGAUCAACCAAUCCGAGGCAUACUCCAAAGUCGGUUGCAACGAUCAAACAUUCCCAUCCACCAACGUCCAAUCCUCUUCACCAGCGCGUUCGCUCGACUUCGAGAGCCACCACGGCGUCGAUUUCAACUACACCAUGGAAACAGCCGCAAAAACGAUAUCUCCUUGCGACAUGUCGUUCAGCGAAUACACUCCCUGUCAAGAUCCGACUAGAGGAAGGAAGUUCGACCGGAGCAUGUUGAAGUACAGAGAGCGCCAUUGCCCUACCAAGGAGGAACUACUCGUCUGUAUGAUUCCGGCGCCGCCGAAGUACAAGACGCCGUUCAAGUGGCCACAGAGCCGCGAUUAUGCUUGGUACGAUAACAUUCCUCACAGAGAACUUAGCAUUGAGAAGGCAGUGCAAAAUUGGAUUCAGGUUGAAGGCAAUCGGUUCCGAUUCCCCGGCGGCGGAACUAUGUUCCCUCGCGGCGCCGAUGCUUAUAUUGACGACAUCAACGAACUCAUUCCUCUCACUACAGGGAAGAUCCGAACCGCCAUUGAUACCGGCUGUGGUGUAGCAAGUUGGGGUGCCUAUCUGCUGAAGAGGGACAUCUUAGCCAUGUCCUUUGCCCCAAGGGACACUCAUGAAGCUCAAGUUCAGUUUGCGCUAGAGCGCGGAGUUCCCGCUAUGAUUGGCAUCAUGGCUUCUCAAAGACUCCCUUACCCGGCUCGGGCUUUCGACAUGGCUCAUUGCUCCCGUUGUCUCAUCCCGUGGGCCAAGAAUGAUGGAUUAUACUUAAUCGAGCUGGACCGAAUCUUGAGACCCGGCGGGUAUUGGAUUCUCUCGGGCCCUCCGAUCCGUUGGAAGAAGUAUUGGAAAGGUUGGGAAAGAACACAAGAGGACUUGAAACAAGAACAGGACUCCAUUGAAGACGUUGCCAGGAGACUGUGCUGGAAUAAAGUGAUUGAGAAGGAUGAUCUUUCCAUUUGGCAAAAGCCCCUCAACCACAUGCAAUGCAUUCAGAACAAGAAAGUCAUGAAAACCCCCCAUAUUUGCAAAUCAGACAAUCCCGAUGUUGCUUGGUACACAAACAUGGAGACAUGCAUUACUCCAUUGCCAGAUGUCAGUAGCAACGACAAAGUUGCGGGCGGUACGGUAGAGAAUUGGCCAAACCGUGCAUUCGCCGUGCCUCCUCGAAUCAGUAGUGGAACGAUACCGGGCAUCACCGCGGAGAAAUUCGAAGAGGAUAACAAACUAUGGAAAGAUAGGAUUUCGUAUUACAAGAAAAUGAUCCCCUUGGCUCAAGGACGGUACCGAAACAUAAUGGACAUGAAUGCAAAUCUCGGCGGGUUUGCAGCGGCAAUGGUGAGUUUUCCAGUAUGGGUUAUGAACGUCAUCCCUGCAAAUUCAGAUCACGACACGUUGGGCGUAAUAUACGAGCGCGGGUUUAUCGGAACGUACCAAGAUUGGUGCGAGGCCUUCUCGACAUACCCAAGAACAUAUGAUCUCAUCCAUGCCUAUGGCAUAUUUAGCAUAUAUCAAGAUAGGUGUGAUGUAACUUACAUUUUGUUGGAGAUGGAUAGGAUUUUACGGCCGGAAGGGACAGUAAUUUUUAGGGAUACAGUGGAAGUGUUGGUGAAAAUUCAGAGUAUUACUGAUGGAAUGAGAUGGAGGAGCCAAUUUAUGGACCAUGAAAGUGGACCAUAUAACCCUGAGAAGAUUCUUGUUGCGGUUAAAACUUACUGGACUGGUGAAACCAACCAGCAACAAGAGAAACAGGCAUAGUAAAUUUCAGAUUUUACUGGAACAGUUUGUAACUUUCUUUCUUUCCGUUUACCCUCCACAUUUUUCCCUGCUUAGGUAUUUCUGUAAUUUCCUUCCUCUUUAUUUCUGUUCCUAUGUUAUGUAAUUUUCUAAGCAAUUCUUUUAAAACAUUUUAUAUAUAUCAUUUGGGACAUUAUUGUUCCAAACUUUGAUUUUGUCA